AUGCAGGUGCGCAAAAACCAGCAAGUAGCUUUUGCUGCGCUUGCAUCUCUCUUUACAUUUGCAUCCAGCUCGCCAACCCAUCCACUCUCGCCUCGCGAUGCGGCUGUCUUAUCCAGCAACCAUGCUCUGUCACUCCUAGCGCGUGGUAUACCUGUAGUAGGAUCCAAGGUUCCCCUCAAACUGCAUUCUAAUCAUGUUGCUGGUACACAACUCGCAAAACGCCAGGGUGGCGCACCAUUUCGUACAAUCGCGGCCGGAGCGAACUAUGCGAUUGACGUGAUCAUCGGUACAGAGACGCUUCAGCUUUUGUUUGACACUGGAAGCAGCAGUUUUUGGGUACCAGAGGCCGAUUUUGUGUGUGUAGACAAGGUUGGCAAGCAACAAUCUCAGUCCACUUGUGGAUUUCCAAAAUAUGGCCUCAAAAGCUUUUCCGGUGGCCAAAUCCCGGACCAAAACUUUAACGUGACAUAUGGCGGGGGGGAAUUCGCGACUGGUAACGUGGGUCUCGAAUCCGUCGGCCUCGGAGGUGUGACCGUCAAGAAUCAGAAGAUGUCGCUUGUCAACAGGACCCAUUGGGUGAGCGCAGGCAAUCUGACUAGUGGGCUUAUUGGCUGGGGACUCGGUGCCACCACCGCCAUCUACGAGGGCGUGGAUCCGUCCCAAGACGGCGGAAAAAAGGCCAUAUUUGUCAAACCAUGGCUGGAAACCGCCUUCGAACAAGGCUUGGUCGCAAAACCCAUAUUCUCGGUUGUCCUAGGCAAGAGGGGUAAAACCGAUCCGGACCUAUCAGCCGUUGGAUUUCUUACGAUAGGAGGCGCGCCAUCGUCAUCGUCGUUGCCGCUCACGGGUGUAUACGCUACCACGCCAAUCCUUAAGGAGACAUUCGAUCAUUUUCAACUAGAGAAUGAGUAUGUUCAUUAUGUUGUUCGACCUGACGGAUUCACUGUCAAUGGAGAAUUUGUUGCCUGGGCACCAGGUACCUCCGUCGGCACCCAUUACGGCGACAGUCAAGAAAGAUUCACGAUCGUAGACACCGGUACCGCACUCUCCAGACUCCCGAAGGCCCUUGUAGACACAAUCGCCGCAGCCUUCAGCCCUCCAGCUUUCUUCAGCCAAGAUAACGGGCAAUGGGAGGUUUCGUGCAAUGCUACGACACCUUAUGUCGCUAUUCGCAUUAAUGGGACUGACCUUCCCUUUGCCUUAUCAGAUGUUCUGGUCGACGGCACUUUUGGCGUAGUAGACUCGCAGAAGCAGAUCUGUGUAAUGGGCUUCCAAGAACCGCCAACUCCGCCCUGGGGUGGCGAGCUGCCGUAUAUCCUCGGAGCCAACUUUCUGAGAAAUGUACUGGCGAUCCACGACAUUGGGAACAAAGCAAUGACGUUUGGUGCGCUAAAGUGGGAAUGA